AUGGGAACCCAAGGAAACGAUCCCUUUGACUACGAACAGAAGCUCCCGGAGGAUAAGCAAUAUGAAGAACUGGGCCCAGCAGCUCGUGUAUGGAGAACAUUCCUCGAAGAAUGUGCAGCGUUCGACCGUGAAUUGGUGGAAGGAUGGAAGGAUAGCCUAGAUGUGUUGCUCGUCUUUGCCGGUCUGUUCUCAGCUGUGGUUACCACCUUCGUCGUGCAAACAUCGCAAAGUUUACAGCUCGACUAUACCCUGGUUACGGCGUCACUUCUGUACGAACUUGUUAAUGUCCAACGGGCGGCUGCAAACGGUACACUUGUAGACAGCAUCCCUCGCUCGGGUCUCACGCCUUUUUCUGAUUUUCGACCAGCGACAUCCGACUCAUGGAUCAACGGGCUCUGGUUCACAAGUCUCUCUCUCAGUCUCGCCACCGCGCUGGUCGCGGUGCUAACGAAGCAAUGGAUUCAUCAAUACAUGUCCGUUCCGUCUGGAACGCCUCGCGACCGUUGUCGCGUACGUCAAUUCCGAUACAUGGGCCUCCAAGAGUGGAGCGUGCCCUUCAUUAUUGGAUUCCUUCCUGUCCUGAUGAGCGCAUCUCUCGGGAUAUUCCUCGUUGGCCUGGUAAUAUUUUUGGUUCCCUUA